ACCUAGUUGCCGUCGGCCUCCGCGUGUAGAAGAGAGAGAGCGAGAACGAACGAAGAAGAGGUAGAAGAAGAAGAAGAGAGGGAAGAAGAUGAAGACGAUUCUGUCAUCGGAAACAAUGGACAUUCCCGACGGCGUGAGCAUCAAAGUUCACGCCAAGAUCAUCGAGGUCGAAGGACCGCGAGGGAAGCUCACUCGCGAUUUCAAGCACCUGAACCUCGAUUUCCAGCUCAUCAAGGACGAGGAGACCGGGAAGCGCAAGCUCAAGAUCGAUGCCUGGUUCGGCUCUCGCAAGACCAGUGCCGCCAUUCGCACCGCCCUAAGUCACGUUGACAAUCUGAUCACCGGCGUCACCAAGGGUUUCCGCUACAAGAUGCGUUUCGUCUACGCUCACUUUCCCAUCAACGCCUCCAUCACCAACAACAACACCGCCAUCGAGAUUCGUAACUUUCUCGGCGAGAAAAGGGUCAGAAAGGUGGAUAUGUUGAAUGGUGUGCAGAUUGUUCGAUCUGAGAAGGUUAAGGAUGAAAUCGUUCUUGAUGGAAAUGACAUUGAGCUUGUCUCCCGAUCAUGUGCUCUCAUCAACCAGAAAUGCCAUGUCAAGAACAAGGACAUAAGGAAGUUCCUUGACGGUAUCUACGUGAGUGAGAAGGGCAGGAUCGUGGAGGAGGAAUGAUUUUCCGGCCGGCCGUUAACCUCAAAAUGCUCUUUUACAGUUAUAUAGAGUAGCGAUGUCGAAGCGAUAGUCUCGUCUUUCUUUCUCUUUUGGGUGUUAGUUUAUGUUUGGACCCAUACAGAUUCUUUGUUAUCCGUUUGCGAUUCUGUUCGAGAUCUGUUCUCGUCGAUUCUGGAAAAGUUUUGGAGACAAGCUUGUUUGUUCUUUGUAUUUGCCCUGUCUUAA